AUGGAUCCACCUACCUAUCAUGAAGUUAGAGUUUCUCAAUUAAAGAAGGAAGUAAAGAAAGUUGAUGAACUUAUUAAGAAGCAUAAGGUGCAAUGGCAAAAGUAUGGUUGUUCCAUUAUGAUGGAUAAAUGGACAGCUUGUAAUGGAAAAAUGAUCAUUAAUAUUUUGGUCAAUUUUCCAAUAAGGAGCAUCUUUCUUGGUUUUGUUGAAACUAGCAAUGAGUCCAUCACUGGCACUAAGAUGUACAGCUUGUUUGAGAAGAUAGAAGCUAUUAGAUCGAAAAAUAUUAUACAAGUUAUAACUAAUAAUGCCAGUAAGAAUGUAAAAGUGGGGGAGCUUAUGAGGGUUGUGUACCCACAUAUCUACUGGACUCUAUGUGAUGCUCAUUGCAUCAAUUUUGAUUUUGCAAGACAUAUUAAUCCAUAUGCCUUAGUUUUUAAGAAGGCCACAAAGGUGGUUUCUUACAUAAGUCAAAGGCCGUUGUUGUUGAACUUGAUAAGAAAAUUCACCAAUGAGAAAAAUUUGGUGAAACCGACCAAGACAAGAUUCACAACAGCCUUUUUGACUUUGGAGGCUAUGUACAAACAAAGGAAUAAUUUGAGAACCUUGAUCAUCUCCAAUGAAUGGAGUUUAAGUAAAUUUGCAAAGGAAGUUUUGGGGAAAGAAGUUUCCGCCAUUCUUUAUUCUGAAUAUUUUUGGAAUGAUGUAGUCAAGGCUCUUAAAGUUUGUGGUCCUUUUUUCUCGUUCCUUCACUUGGUGGAUAGGGAAGAAAGACUCCCAAUGGGCUAUAUGCUUGAAGCAAUAGAUAAGGCGAAAGAAACUAUUCAAUGA